AUGAUGUUUUGGUCCUCAAAGACAGGCAUCACGUCCAAGUACUCCUUCUCAUCAUCACCGACUUUUACUGCUGAACCAUGGAGCGUUUAUACCGGUCGUCCCAAAUCGUCGUCUUCAUCAUCGCCUUCUAAAGUGUCAAUAUUCAUGUUCGACAAGAAACAGUUCGAGAACUAUUUAUUGCAUUACAACAUCAUCAAAUCCAAAUCCGGAUCCAGAGAUAAAGUACUCAUACAAGAAGCUUAUGAAAUAUUAAGAAACCAGGCUAACAAUCUGGCAAGGCUCAAACACCCGAAUAUUUUGACACUAAUUGAACCGUUAGAAGAACACAGCAAGAAUUUCAUGUUUGUUACUGAGUUUGUCACCGGCUCGUUGGAAACCGUGUUUAGAGAGACUGAUGACGAAGAGAAAAACUUCUUGCAAGGUCAUGUUAAGGAUAAUAUUGUGGUUCAACGAGGAAUAUUGCAACUAGUGAAUGCCCUUGACUUUAUUCAUAACCGUGCAAGCUUCGUUGACUUAAACAUUCAACCUAGGGCAAUUUUCAUAAAUGAAAACUCAGACUGGAAAAUUUCCGGCUUGGGCUACUUGGUGAAGAUACCACCGGGAACAAACACCUCUGAAUAUUUUCUACCACAAUAUGAUCCAAGAGUACCCCCCUUUAUGCAUUUGCAAUUGAAUUAUACAGCUCCAGAGAUUAUAUUUGAGAACACCCUGGCAUACAAAAAUGACUAUUUUUCAUUAGGUUCGCUGAUAUAUUUUCUGUAUAGUGGUAAAGAUUUAUUUCGAACCGAGAAUUCAACCACUGAAUACAAAUCGGAAUACGGUAAAUUCGAAAAAAAAAUCAGUACCAUGUCAUGGGAUAAUAUCUUUAAUAAGAUUCCACCAAAAUUGAGACAUUGUUUGCCGAAACUGAUGAACAGAGAUAUUUAUUCCAGGUACGAUAAUAUAAUGUUAAUUUUGGACUCCGAGUUUUUUCAGGACCCUUUAAUAAAGACUUUGAAUUUUCUAGAUGAUUUGCCCACGAAGAAUAAUGAAGAAAAGUAUGUUUUUCUGGAAGGUCUAAUAAACUUACUACCAGACUUUCCCCCAGCGUUGUUACAAAAGAAAUUCCUGCCAAUUUUAUUGGAAUUGUUGAACCAGUUCUGUGCAGAAAAAAUAGUAAACGAUAAAUGUGUAAACAAAAAUUUGGAUUUAAUAGUUAAAAUAGGGUCCACUUUAUCUCAACUAUCCUUUCAAGAGAAGAUUUAUCCGAUUUUACUAAGUGCUACGAAUUUCCCAAUCCUUCUUAGAAAAGCCACCGUUUGCUUGAUCGAUAGUUUAGAUACGUUAAAGCAAAAAGUCAAACGUUCUGAUUUCUUGGAGAGCGUACUAAAGCCACUAUUUAGCUAUGUCUUACAGGACUCAGAAAGUGAGGUUGCUUUGGUAUCACAAGAAAAACUUCUAUUGCAAAUCCCGUUAGCUUUAGAAGUGCUAGAUUUUCCCACUGUAAAACAGUUCUUGUUACCGUUGCUUUCAGGGCUAUUUACCAAGACAACCAGUUUAACAGUGAAAAACACAUGUGUGACAUGUUUCCAAAUUAUGAUAGAGCAGAAAUCCAUCGAUUCUUACACGUGCUCGGACACUAUUCUUCCUUUGUUCAAAUCGAUGAAAACUAGAGAUCCAAGAAUUUUAUCUAAACUACUAAAACUUUUCGAAACUGUUCCGGUGAUAAUUACUGAUGAAAUCAUCCUUGUUGACCAAGUGUUGCCUUUGAUGUGGAACUACUCCAUGGCCUCGACACUAACAAAAUCGCAAUAUUCAGGGUACACAAAGGCCAUCAAUAAAAUGUCCUCAGAUAUCCAGAAGCAUCACAUCGCAAAACUAAGUGAUAGAACAAACGACAGCGAUGGAGAUGCCUUCCACAAAGUCAUCGAACCAACAGUUCAGAAGAGGGAGGACCCCGAGACAGUAGCGGCUAGGAAUAUCGAAGUAGCAGCCAUGAAACCCGUUAGAAAAGCAACCGCCCCCACUCAGAAAGACACCUCCUUGUCAUCCAAAAGCGUUUCUAAUGCUCGGCCUUUAAACCCAAAGAGUGUACUGGGCACUAGAGGCUUUUCAACAAGCACACUCAACCCUCCACCACAGACAACACCAAGUGAAACCACUUCCAAGGUCAGAGGUGAAACCGCUUUCAGCGGGACUCCACACACCAAGUUUGAUGAUGAAUUCAACGAAUUUCAAUCUUUUUCAAGCACGGGCACCACGCAUCGAAGUCCCUCGUCAUCCAAUGUCUGGACGACCAGCACUCCGAGUCCCGUCCCAACGUCUACAAGCAAUAACAACCUGCCACCUGGGUUUUCAAUUUCUUUGCAACCAAACAAAAAAAAGGAAAGCUCAACUGAAAUUCCCUCUAAUAAUAAUACGUACGGUUCCUUAAUAUAG